AUGAUAAUAGACGGCGAGAAGUGGGCCUAUCGACCCCUGCAGCACAUCAACAAGAAGGGCCGCCCCGUAUCCCAGUGCUCGCACUGUCGCAACAUGCGCCGUUCAAAGUCAGCUCACGUCAAGUGCGACUGCGGCGAGAAGACCAGCAAGUGCGUGCACUUGCAGUCGACCGUUGACGGUCACAGGGAGAGCUGCUGUUGCAACCAUGGUGGACGCUGCACCUGCUCGCACAAGAAGGAGCAGAACCAGCUCGACACCGUUCCCGAAUCCGACUCCGAACAGGAGCUCAGCUCGAAUACGAACGCAAAGGCGUCCAAGCUGGUGCGGAACCGCCGAUCCAGAGCUAGCACCCAGACCUCCGACGGGAUGUUGACCUUCGACGAGAACGGCCACCACAAGCCCACUUAUAAGCACCCGAAGGCUUCCCAGAAAUCCGGUCCCUACCAGCUCAGCCGUGCGCAUUCCAUGCAGAGCACUGGAAGCGGAGCCAACUGCUCCAUGGAAGACCUCGCCAACGAGUCGUCAGCCAGCAGCAGUGGCAGCAUCCCCCAGGCGCAGGAUCAGUCGUUGGCGAAAUCUGAGACGGCAUCACCGCUGCUGACUGCUGCGUCAUCGCUUUCUCAGUCCAACACUCACCUGCCUCCAUUAGACCUCUCGAGUGUUACCGGCUGGGCAUCAGGCUCCUACAACAUGCCCGAAAACUACGACUUCUUCAACAGCAUGGAUGAUCACCAGCAGCCGAUGUUUAGCGCCGGUCUGAGCCAGCCUGAGGUUGACUGGAGCCACAUUGGUCUUGACUUUGCCAGCAAGGACCUGGGCAGCUUCGCCCCGUCGAGUUACAGCCAGGCCCAGAGCUUUGCCGGCUUUGAACAGCCCCCUACGUUGACCUCCGGCGAGGUGUCCGAGGUUGAUGAUUUCAUCCGGGACGAGUACGACCCCAUCGGCACGUUCAGCCGCACAAACACAUCGAGCACGGGAUUCAGUCUCGGCAGAGACCAAGAGAGCCUGCUUAGCGCUAUGGAAAUGGGCAGCACCGAUUUCGACGACUUCAGCAAAAUCGCGAAGGACGGUACCAAGUAUGCUGCGUCCGCGGCAGCUCUUGUCACAGAGGACUCCGCCCUGGCAACCGCCAUCGCCGCCACCUCAGGCGUCGCCGGAUUCGAAAACGACCCAAUCUUUUGGAUGAACGAUGCCGACUACACUGGAAUGACGGCUGUGAACGAGGUUCCAGACGUGAAUGGCCCCAAUUUUUGGGAGGUACAAUAG